AUGUCUACCGUCGCUACUCCUGCUGAUCAAGCUGCUGAUAUAUUGCAGAAACUGUCUCUAGAUUCACAGUCAAGGUCAUUGAACAUCCCCGAGUCAACUAACAAGACGCCUGUUUACCCAUAUGGAGCUGUGGAUUCGAAUGCCUUUGACCCUUCUCUUUACUACCUCCCAAACGGGUAUCAGUACUUCUAUGGAGGGUAUGGCAGUGAAUACACAGGUUAUACCAAUUCCCAGAGUGUUGACAUGACAUCAGGAGCUUAUGGAGAGAACGCGUCUCUUGUCUAUCCACAGGGAUAUGGGUAUGCAGCAUAUCCUUACUCACCAGCAACAAGCCCUGCUCCACAAGUUGGUGGUGAUGGACAGUUGUAUGGUGCUCAGCAUUAUCAGUAUCCUUCCUACUUCCCUCUCACAACCAGUAGUGCGCCUUUCGCUUCAUCGGUUCCUGCCUCUACCCAGAGCAAGCACCUUACCAACAAAGCUACCAAUAACUAUGCACCUACUGGUGCUUCAAAGGGUGGUGUCCCUAAAGGAACUAAUGGAUCAGCUCCUGUUAAACCAUUCAACCAGAGGCAGAGCGCGCUCAAUACCUCGAGUAAUUUGUAUGGAAACAGUGCUCUUGCUGCUGGUUACCAGGAUCCCAGGUUUAGCUAUGAUGGGUAUUACGCUCCUGUGUCAUGGUAUGAUGGCUCUAACUUCUCAGAAGUGCAGAGGUCUGUUUCUGGCAGUGGAGUUGCAUCCUCAUACUCUAAGGCUAACAAUGCACCUGCGUCAAGGAAUCAAAACUACCGCUCAAACUCGCGUUACACGAGUUUGCACCAGCCUGGAACAGGUUAUGCAGCUCAGGGUGGCUACAACAGAGUGUACUCAGACAGGUCAUAUGGUCAGUAUGGUAGAUCUGGUUCUUCUGGAUAUGAUUCAAGAACAAACGAAAGAGGCUGGGUGACUUCAGAGAACAGAUAUAGAAGCUGGGGAAGGGGUAACGAUUACUUUUACGGAAAUGAGAACAUUGAUGGCUUGAAUGAACUCAACAGGGGCCCUAGAGGCAAGGGAGCGAAGAACAAAGACACCUUAGAAGUUAACUCAGAGGAGGUGAAGAAGCAGCCGGGUGACGAAUCAAACGUAACAACUGAGACCGAGGAGACUGUAACAUGCGUUGUUCCAGAUAGAGAAGAGUACAACAAAGAAGAUUUCCCGGUUGAGUAUAAAGAUGCUAUGCUAUUUAUCAUCAAGUCCUACAGUGAAGAUGAUGUGCAUAAGAGCAUCAAAUAUAACGUUUGGGCUAGCACUCCAAAUGGAAACAAGAAGCUCGAUGCUGCAUAUCAGCAGGCUCAGCAGAAACCUGGUGGCUGCCCUGUGUUUCUAUUCUUCUCGGUCAACGGAAGUGGACAGUUUGUUGGGGUUGCGGAGAUGAUAGGUCCAGUUGAUUUCAACAAAAACAUUGAGUACUGGCAACAGGAUAAGUGGACUGGCUCUUUUCCCCUCAAGUGGCACAUAGUGAAGGAUGUGCCCAACAGUUUGCUGAAGCAUAUCACUCUUGAGAACAAUGAGAACAAACCUGUUACCAACAGUAGAGACACACAAGAGGUUAAGCUGGAGCAGGGUUUGAAUGUUAUCAAGAUUUUCAAGGAGCAUAACAGCAAAACAUGCAUAUUGGAUGAUUUUUCCUUCUACGAGGAUCGACAAAAGACAAUUUUGGAGAAGAAAGCUAAGCAGCAGCGAUCACAGAAGCAGGUCUGGGAAGGAAAAACUAAUGAAGAAGAGAAGAAAGCUGUGACUGCUGAUAUAGCAAAUGAAUCUGGUUCAGCAACUCAACCUACUAGCGAGCUUGAUGUUACUGAGGCAAAGGAUUCAAAUGGCGACAAGCUGGUUGGAGUGGUUUCAAAUGGUUGCUAG